AUGGCCCAUAUCACCAUGUGUGAACCUGUUGAGCUCUAUAAUCUCCUCAACCAGCGCCGCUUUGUGUCCAGGCUGUCAGAGAUCAACUACCUCUGUCUGAUUGACGCCCAGGAAACCCAAGACUACAACACCAGUCAUAUUGUGACAGCCAAAAAUGUGAAAAUGGUUGCAAAAGGUUCCUUCCUCUUGCCAUAUACGGUGGACAUUGAGAGCAUGCGACACAUUGUUGUCUAUGACAGCAACACAAGCUCUUUAAAGGAACAAGGAAGAGCAGUUGCCUGUGCCAACGUAGUGGCAAAAUCCAGCUCCACUCCAGUAAAGAUACUGAAAGGAGGCUUUCAGAGGUUCUCGGCUCUGUAUCCAUUUUUAAGGACCGAGAAGAUCUUUUACACCAUGACGGAGCUGGAAAACUUCAAGAUUUAUCCAGUGGAAAUUAUAGCUGGACUGCUGUAUAUGGGGGACCAGAACCAAUGGCAGGAUCCAAAUACCCUGAAGGACCUGAAAAUCAGCGCUACGGUCAACAUCUCACACUUUACUCCGACUGACUCUGUAGAGUCUCUAAGUGGGACCCACACAACCCUCGACAUCCCGCUGGACGACGACGUAGAGUCGGAUUUAUAUUCAAACUUCCAAGAAAUAUGCAGCUUUAUUAGUUCUCAUAUGGAUGCAGGAUGUCGUGUCCUGAUAGUUUCCAGGCAGGGCAGGAGUCGGUGCAGCGCUGUGGCCAUCGCCUUCCUCAUGCACCAUUUCAAAUACACACUGGAGAAAGCCUGGAAACGCAUGAUAAAAUGUAAACCCACCAUGAGGCCCAACACUGGAUUUCUUCAGCAGCUGAGUGACUGGGAGCGACACCUCAUGGGGAGAAAACACACAGAUCUAUCAAAAGCCCGGUUUUGAUGAAAAGAUGCAACAGAUUGUGAUCUGCCAUGUGUAUUUUCACCUUUGCAAAUUUCUUGGUCAUUUGCUUUAAAAAGUAACUCUGCAAAUUUAUGAAGAAGUCUAUGACAUCAUAAUUUAUUAUAUUUUCAUCACCUUGUAGAAACACUUUCACCUUCAUUCCGUCAUUUAUUAUGAACAUUUUAGACACAAACCUAACAAGUUUACAUCAUCA